GCGGUGGUUUGGUGGUGCCAAUGAAAGCUACUGGCUGUGCGAACGGAGGAUAUGGUGCAGCGCGUCUAAUCCCUUUCCCUUCCUAAAAUCAUUCCCCACUCGCAUCUCGCCUGAUCUGGACCAUGGAGGAGGAGGAGGAGGAGGGAUCUAAGAAGGACAACUCUCUGGUGUCGGAAGCAGAGGCGGAGGCGGCGGCGGCGGCGGCGGCGGCGGCCAGCCUCCUCACGGACGACCUCAUCAUGGAGAUCCUGUCACGGCUCCCCGUCAGGUCAGUCCACCGCUUCAAGUGCGUCUGCAAGCGCUGGCGCGACCUCAUCGCCUGCCCGGCCCACCGCGAAAAGCUGCCCCAAACCCUUGCCGGCUUCCUCUACACCACCUACCCCGGCGGCUACCGCCACCACCUGGCCGCCGUCUCGGCAGCCACGGUCAUCGAUUCCGUCGACGCUUCCCUCGCUUUCCUGCGGCCUAUGAAUUACACCAAGAUCCGCCUGGUGGACACCUGCAACGGCCUCCUCCUCUGCUCCUGCUACAACAACAACAACGAGGAACGUCUGGUCGUCUGCAAUCCCGCCACCCAGAGGUGGACCGAGCUGCCCCCACCUCCGCAGCCGCAGCCAACCACAGAUUACUGUGCCCAACACCUGGCUUUCGAUCCGGCAGUUAGCCCAUCCCAUUUCUGCGUCCUCGAUUUCGAGGCCACUGUCAAGGAAUGGCAUCUCACAGGAGUGAGCAUCUACUCAUCCAGAACCAGAGCCUGGACUCAUAGGGAUAUUGGCUUGGUUGACAAAAUUGUGCUGGUCUCCGGAAGUGUCUUUGUUGGCGGUAUGCUGCACCUGCCCGGCAAGCUGUGCAAGGACGGCCGCAACUCCAUUGAGGAUGACGACAACUUUGUGCUGGUCCUUGUAGACAAGGAGUGCAAGGCAUGGAAGACGGUCCGUGCGCCGCGCGGUUUCUACUCCGGUGCAAUUGGAUUGUCACAGGAGUGCUUGCACUAUGUUACUCGAUCUCCAGCUCCUCUCACCAUACUUGAUGACGACAAUGAGGAUACACUCCUCCUAGCAAGCGAGAUUGCAGUCUGGUGCCUUAAGGAUUAUGAUAGUCGAGAAUGGGUCUUGAAGCAUACUGUCAGGAUCGAUAAGCUGCUGAACGUAAUUGAGAAGGAAUACUCGGUGGUUGGGAUCCAUCCGGACUGCGAUACCAUCUUCUUUGUUACUAGGGGUGCUUAUGAUGGCGAUUCAUGGGAUGAUGCUUCGUUGGCAUCAUGGGAUAUGCGGCGUCUGGAAUUCCGUACUGUCAUCAACCUUGAGAAAGGCAGUGCUGGUAUAUAUCUACCUUAUGUUCCUAUGUUCUCAGAGUCAACAUUAGCAGACGGAGAUGACCUCUAGCUAGCGUUACCUUCAGUUCAAUUCAUGCUUGGCCAUGCUUUGUGAAAUAAUCGGCUUUUCUGUAUGUCGGCUGCAUAAAAUAUGUAUGUAUGUAUGUGGACAUGCACUUCUUAAUUAGUCUACUUGAAUUGUGUCCUUCAAGUUGUUCCGUGGGGCUGAGUUUUACUGUUAUCCAGCUUACUUGGCCAUAACAUGUCAUGAUUGUGAUUGUCCUGAAUCCCAGUGUUAGUGAGUGCCACUCGUGAACUUUUUCUUUUCUAUGUAUUUUCACUCUAGUCGAUGUGUUUAGUCUUGUGUAGUUGAUGAAUUCAGUAGAUACUUGAAAUGAGCUUUGUCCAGUUGAUGAGUUCAUCAAUUAAUGGCAUAAUAAUGAAAAAGAAUGCAAACUUUUCCUGCUGUA